GCCAAAAGUCAAGGUAAAAUACAGUGAGAAAUAACAUUUAAUAACAGGGUUCUCAGAGCAUCCUUUGGUUCUCCAGGCUGUGUGUGAUCUGUAGGCAGUGAUGUCAUCGCGGGGGGUUCGAGGCCUCAUUAAGAGAGCAGGACCUCUCAUGAUUGGCUCCUCGUAUCUGGCUGCUGAUUGGCCGGCUGCUCUGAGAGACUUCAUCCCUCCAGCAUCAGCAGCACUUCUCUUCACUUCUCUUCAGUUGUUCAGUAGUUCCAGCGGUGCUGACUGACCUGCAGUGACCGUCCAGAGAUGAGGAGCGGCGCGUGUCUCUUCUGCUCUUCUGUGCUCUUCAUCAUCAUCUUCUGCUCUUCUGUGGAAAGCUAUCCAAGUUCACUGACAGAUUGUGAUGAUUAUGGAGGUUAUGUUCAGGGCUCGGCUCUGUUAAGCUCUCUGUGUGGUGUGCAGUGGAGGAAUCAGGAUCAGGAGCAGAUCCAGAAUGUCUUCAAGAGGUUUCUCUUCCACUACUCUAAAGCACACAACACAGUGGGAUCCGUGGAGAGAGAGUCUCACUCGGUUCAUCCGCUCAUGCGUCUCUCGCCGAAGCUGUCUCUGCGCAGGAAGAAGCAGCAGAGAAGAUGAAGAAGGUCUGUGGCUCGUCUAGAAGACGCCUUCGAGACGUGCUCUGCUCGUAUCUGGGAUUCUGAGCAGUUCAAGCUACACAACACCAGCAGAUCUGAUUAAACGCUCUCCUAAUGAACCAAGCUGAUGCCUGAUGCUUGCGGUUCAGUGUGUGUCAACCAGCCUGGAUGAUGUCUUAUUAAUAUAGAAGAUGACUGUGAGGUGUGUGUGGUGACACAGAAGACAUUAACACACACUCCAGCGUUUCUACAAGUCUUCAAACUCAGAAAUCAUACAAAAUAAAGACUGAAAACAUCUUCAAUCAGAGCAGAACCAAUAGAUUUAUAAAGUCGUGGCAUUAAAUGUUGAAUGCAAUGCAAAACAAUCUCUUCAUCAGUGUUUUUGUCUUGUUCCCAAUCUGAACUUUCUCAGACCGAGACACACAUUUAACAAACAAAGUCUUGCUUUCUGAAAACCUGCAGGAUUAAACACAACACAUCUCUGUCAGUGGGGCAUACAUCUGUUCUGGUUUAAUCACAAACUCAGAAAUUCUCAGAAAACAAGACUUCUUAUCUUGCCAUGUUUAGUGUCUCCGUAGGAAUCUCAAACAAAACCCCUAAUUCAAACACUUUAUCUAGUUUCUGAAUGAGGAACUGAUGGAGAUCUGGAGGAAGUGUGUUUCAGACUAAACUGAUCAAUGUUUUCAAUGUUUUCUUUGCUCGGUCUUCAACAAUAUUAAACUGACCUUCAUCAGACACACAGUAAAACACACUCGGAUCAAUGUAAUAAACAUGUAAUAAACAGGACAGAGAUUAGACAUCUUCUAAAAGCCAAACGAUGUGUGUGAGAUGUUCUGUGGUCCAUCUCUGACGGAGAGCAGAGCUUUGAUUGACUGUCUGUUCUGAAGACAUCAUCCUCAUCCUCAUCUUCUUCAUCCUCAUGUUCUUCAUCUUCAUCCUCAUCACUCGGAGCGGAGGAUGGACGUCAGCCGCUGAUCCUGGAUCUGUUUCCUGGGGUUAGAUCUGGACUCUCUCUUUCUCUCUCUCGCUCUCUCUCACACACACACACAAUAACAAAUACAUUUAAUAAAAGCUAAUAGAUUAUUAAUAUAAAAUUACUCUCAAUGAAAUAUACAUGAAAUGAGCUGUUUAGAAUAUGUUUUAAAGGUUUUAUGACGGUACACAACCAGUCAAAUGUUUUUGAACCGUAAGAUUUUAAGACAAGAACCCCUUAGUCCCAAUGAGAUGGAAAAUAGCAAUGAAUUAAUCUCGGUGAGGAGUAAACGGUAAAUGUAUAACAGUGAUGCACGAUAUAUAUCAGCCACCAUAUCGUUAUCGGCCGAUAAAUGAUCAGAUUUCUCAGACAUCAUCUUUCAGAUAUAAAGAUUGAUCAGUUAUCAGCCCAAAUCUUCAUGAGUGCAUCUCUAGUAUAGAAGAUGUUCACAGUUCAGUUCUUCUGUAGGAAAGACUAAUGACUAAUUAAAAUCCUCUCAUUUACUCGUCCUCCUGUGGUUUCACAUUUAUUACGAGCAUGAGUUUUCUGGAGACUGUUGGUAAUAAAGCUGUUCUGGUUACCAGUGACUUUCAUUUCUUGAACUAAAACUACCGAGACGUUUCUCAAAUCAUCUUCUUUUAUGUUAUAUAUCUCUGAAUCAUGUAGUUGAACAUUUUUAAACUAAAACCGUAUAAAACAAUGUGAAGUACUUGAAAUAAACUCAUGUAAAUAUGAAAACUGAUAGUGUGGACAUUGACACUAGUGGAGCAUGUGGUGUUUCCCUGAUCUAGAUCUGAAUCACAUCUUUCAGUGUUUAACAGAUCCUCUUCAUCACACCUGCAGAAACACUGGGCAUCUCUAGAGAGAAGAAACACUUCAACACUGAACAGAGCUAAUAGAUGGAAGAAAAAACUGCAAAUAUCAGAAAAAUCUACUUCAUUCAAAGGGGAAGUUAGCUUUGUUCACCCCAUGUUUUCAGCAGAAAUUGAAGAUUGGUCUCAUGUCCUCAGUGAACGUGUUGAUUUAAGGAUGUGUGCUGGAGAACGAGUCAGAAGUAAGACACAGACUGUUUCUGAUCUCUUCAUCACUAGUGAGAACAGACCUGGUGUGUGAUACGAGGACACCUGAUCAUCUCAGAUCUGUGACGCUCCACUGUGUGCGGUGAUCUAAUACAGACUCAGAUCAGAUCCUGUACCAUCACACCGGAGUCUGAGCUGCUGAACCAACCAUCACAGCGUUUAAACCGCUAUUAGCUGCACAGAUGCUCCGUUUACUCUCUAGACUGAUCUAGAUACUCACACACGACACACAGCUCAUCAGACAAGAAAUAAACCAGCCACAACAGAGUC